AUGCAGGACCUGGUCCGUGCCUUCCCUCGGCCGAGACACACUCGGGUCAUGAAGCCUCGUAGUGCUGGCAACAGUCCUUCGGCAAUGAAUAGACGACGCUCAACUGUCAGUCAGAAUGUGAUGCACGGCAUGCCAGCUCAAUAUCAAUCCUCCUUGGAAGAAGCUCUCCUUGCCUCCGCGGUUCGGAAAUCUCGCCCGAUCAGCUGGCACCCAUCGUCAGCAAGAAACCGGGGUCUUUCUAACCCGCAAUGCAUGCCCGAUUACACCUCGGACAACUAUGCCGGCAUGAGUCCCUUCCCUGAUCAGUACUUGAACUCUGCAGUCUACGGCGACAACUUCAUGUCAUAUCCCAUGACGGAGGAUCCAUCCUUCUCGCCAACCAGUUACUUCCCAGUCUACUCAGACAUGCAAGAGGAGUUGCCACUUCCGCAACAGCACACGACACUCUCCAUGACGGGCUCGCAGGUCGAGCCGAUGCCAUGGGAUAUGACUGCCAUGUCGCAGCCAGCUUCCGACAACUGGACCUUGGAUAUGCUCUCCAUGGGAAGUAAUAUUCCCCCACCGGAAACAACUUGCCCAAGCUAUGUCAGCGUCCCAUCGCCGGGCGAAAUGAGCGGACCAUCAACGCCCGACUUUCUCCCGAUCCAACAAUUCGAAGAUCCGUUCCAGCCGACCGCGGAGCCAAAGAAAGCCGGCAAGCCGGAAGAAGAAUUGGUCGGUAUGGGUCUCUACAACCAACCCAACGGAACCUUAGCCCGUGCCCCACAGUCCAAGUCGGGCGAGGGCCUCAAACUCGAGGAAACAUUCACGCCUUCAGACGAAGACAAGGAUGACGAGGCGGACACAGACGCGGACGCAGAGGCCGAGAACGACAGCGUCGGGCACCAAUCGCCCCAGCAACCAGUUGUCUCAGAUGCACCUGCCCCGGUCCACCAGUCAACUUUCAUCCCCAAGCAGCAGUCCAAGCAAGCUUUGAACCUGUUGCAUCGGUCUUUCUUUUUCGACCACGAUGAUGCGGAUCAGCAGUCCAUGACUGCCCAGCCAUUCGCCGCCUUGAACCAACCCUGCAUGAGUUACGGCUACGGGUGGAUCUGA